GUGAUUUUUAGUGAAAAUAGUGUUUGCGCGAAAAAAGUAAUGGAAUUUAUUACUUCAUUUUAUAAACUUUGAACGCAAGGAUUUUCUUAUAAAAAAUGAUUUCAUGUAACUUUUGAGCUGAAUUUAAUAAGCUUUUUAAUUAUAUAUUGGUCUGUUUGAUUUGCUUUCUAUAACCUUGUUGGAAAAGCUCGAUUCUUUUGAAUUUUAGUAUAAAAUAAACAUGCAUAUUUCCAGUUUCCGCUUGUUAUGCUUUUAAGCACGAAAGAGCCACGUAAAAUGUUCGAUGCUCUGACGAUGUCAGUAUACGGCAUUGUUUCACGAUGGAUGCAGCAACUGGUCAGCUAAUCUAAACAAAAAUGCGUCUACUGAUCGUCCAGUUCAUUUGGUCACUGAUCUACAAUGUGCUAAGUGACGCCAGCCAGCAGAUUGCGUUAGUUAAUAAUGGGAAAAAUCUGCCAUUUAUACUGAAACCGGCACCAGUCAAAGUUCUAGUUCAAAAUAACAAGCGGAGGCAGCAGAAACGGAAUUUUAUGGAAAGGUGCUGCGCUAAUGAUAAGUGUCUAGUGGAAGCAAACAAAACAUCCAAGGAAGGAACAGUCACAUCUAAUUUCAUUCCCGUCAAAUUAACUACAAGGAGGAAGACAACUACUGUUAAACCUACGUCGCUGUUUGUCACUACCAUUGAAACAAUUGGAUUUGAAGACGAAACAUUAGGGACCACGCCGGUACCUGCCAUUGUAGACGAUGUUGGUUUUUUCACGCAAGAUAUGUCAGCUUUGUUUGGAAAGACGCCUCCUCCAGAUCCAUGCGCUGAAAUGCCAGCGAGAAAGUGUUUGGAUUUUCCAGGAAGACUGGAUGGAUGCAUGAGAAUUGACGAUUUAAUCAAACAGCUUUAUUCCAUUGGAGAGACUGCCUCUGGGAAAUUGAUCACAACCGCGGCUGGCAGAAAAUAUAUGAUUGGCUUCGAGUAUUCGCCACAUGAGUAUGCAUUGGGCCACUAUAUCUGCUGCAUGCACGGAAUGGAGUUUGCCGAAUUCCACACAAAGGAGAUUUGGGACGAUUUUGUCGGCACGAUCAGAAACGUCACAUCACCAAUGUGGUACUUCUUCGGUUCAACAAUGGACAAUGGGAACGGCACCGAAACUUGGUGCAAUUCGCAGAAAUUAGUAGCCGAGGGUAUUUUCGACAAGAGCUUUUACGAAAACGUGACCUGUGGUCAGGACAACGCUUUUGUAGUGACGCCAGAAGGAACUCCGAUGCUUGUUUCAAAGAAGAGCAACUCCAUAAGAUAUGUUUGUAUGUGAGAAUCAUAAAAUUGCAAUUUGAGAAGAUCAGA